CAGGUAUUAUUUUCUGUAUACUAGCUGUCAAUGUAUUAUUUAUUUCUUAUUUAUACCUUACUUUAUCUUGUAUUCAACAAAGUUUGAGAAACUGUGCUCCAAAUUACUUAUAUGUCUGACUCAUCUACCUACCUCUUUGCUUCCCUCUAUUUUCUAGGUUAUAUGAACUGAUUUCUUGAGAGAAGAACAAAAAUACAUCUACAGCUGAUACUUUACUUGUCUAUGAGGAAGCCACAAACUUGGGAUCUUGCUAGCCUGAUUACCUGAAAUCCUAGUAGCCCAGUGUCCCUUCCCACAUCUAGCUGCGUAUAAGAAUUGCCUUAGGAAGUUUCUAAACAUGCUGAUGCCCAAAACCCACCUCAGACCAUUUAAAUCUUACUGUCAAGGGAUGGGUUCAAGGCAUUCACCAGAUGUUUUUACAUCAUCACAUGUUCAGAGCUACUGUCUGGACCAGCCCUAUUUCUCUUUGCUUCUCUGCCUGACUUCUACCAUGGGCUUCUCCACUGGCCUUAAAGAUUUUAGUCUUCUUUCUGACAAUCUCAGAUAUAUUCUCAUACUCAUUGGCAUUUGUCCAAGGUUGUCAUAUUCUUUGACCUCCAGAUUCACAUGUCUUGCCUUUCUCUGGACACUUCACUGGACUUGUACAUGUAGUGAUGUGAGGAUAAACCGGAGACAUCAAAGGUCUAAGGAAAGUCAUGCUCUCUGCCUUGCAGAAAUCCUGGCCUCUGUAUCUACUUGUGGGCCAGCUGCCAUUAGGUUGACAUCCAAAGUCCUCCUGCUAAGGCCAGCUCAGACACGGCCAUCACCUACAGAUAUGUUAGAAGGUCCAUGCAGAGUAGCACAGGCCUGCACCUCUGGGGCUGAUGAGAAACCUGACUCCACGCCAGCACUAGAACUCCUGGCUGAGAUCAAGUUCUACAUUAAAUUUUGUAAAGGGGGCUCUUCCUCCUCAGAUUUCACACUUGUACUUCAAAGGUACAGUUGAGGGUUAAGUUUUGUCCUGGGUCAGGUCACAAGAAGACCAAAGGGGAUGAUUUAGGUGCAAGAGAUUUAUGAAGACAAUGCUCGCAGGAACAAGAGACAAUGAAGUUGGGGUGCAGGAAAUAGAAGGCAAAGAAGUGAGACUUCAGGUACAGUAAUAAGCUUUUAGGGGCUUACAAAUGCCCCCAUGAUGAUGAUGAAAAUAAUGGGAUUUCCGGGUGACUGUGAGGCCACGUGAGAGGGACCAGCAGGCAGCAGCUGCGGGAACAAA